AAUUGAUUUUGUACCUAGUAGGGCAGAAGACGAGUACAACUUGGAUAAGUUUUUCGUGGGAGCGACAUUCACUCUAGAAGAGUGCACGACCCCCGACAUGUGUUGAUUUCAUAAUUCAAAUUUGUUGGAAUUUUUUGGUGUCCCAAGUCGUGCUACUUCUGUAGGUAGUAACUUUUUCCCCUGCUUGUUCUACAGGCCUAGGCACUUGGAAAGGAUGGGCGAAGUUUCUCCUGCGUUUUGCUCGUGGAAGACCUCAGCGCCAUCUGGGUUGAUGAAGGUCUUCUUUGCUUUCUCGCUUUGGUCCUUCACCUACGCUACUUUUGCGGCGGCGGCAUCAAGCAAGGGUUCAUCUACUUCUAAUCUGAGCAGUUUGCUUGCACCGGAAAUCAAGUUUGUUUUUGUUGGUGGGAAAGGAGGCGUCGGGAAAACGACCACAUCUAGUGGCCUCGCAACGCAGUUGGCCAAGGAUCAACUUAAGGCUCCUGAUAAUUCAUAUCCACAGACUUCGAUCACAGUCUUGUCUCAGUUAAACUGUUUUUUGGAUUUCUGAGACUGCGGACGUAGCAGAUGAAUGAUUGUGACUGGGCGCUAAUCGGCGAAUUCUACUUGUUUCUACCGAUCCAGCCCAUUCUCAAUCCGAUGCCUGGGCCCCGCAACAGUUCUCGAACGUGCCCAAGGCUGUAGAGGGUCUUAAAAACCUGGACAUAGUUGAACUGUCACCCAAAGACUCGCUACAAAAGGAGAUCGAUUCCUGGGAUGAAUUAGCCAGUGACGAACCUCAAGUGCGCGACUUCAUCGAAAAAGCACAGGAUACCAUGAAAGUUAAGUAGAACUGUAGCAGUACUCUAGACAGUUUUAUUUCUGUGCGUGUACCUUGACCUUGUUUUCUGAUUUUUUGAUAGCUAUCAACACUCGCUUGGGCAUUCGUAUUGAUUCUAAAUGAUAAGCCAAAUUGUGGCCUCUGCGCAACAAGAGGUACACGGAGCAGUAAUUGCUUUCUUUAGACAGCUCUCUAAGAAACGCCUUCAAGGAAUUGACGAGGCGAUCGCGCUCUCCGAAGCCUACGACUACAUUCAUUCUGGCGCGUAUUUUCAUCUCUACUUCUGCACUGCAUGAUCUUCAUCGGAUUCCAUAUUCAUUAUUAGACUCAUGGGAUUACGACUCUAUAUAUCUGAUGAGGAAGUAGUUGUAGCAGGAGAGUCUAUUAGUGAAGUUUGUUUGUUUGCUCUCUCUGUCUCGCGAACGGAACCACUAAAUUGACUCUAUACAACAGAAUAGUGUGGAUUCUUACUGACGACAGACUCCAUCUUCAUUAAUAGACUCUCCUGCUACAACUACUUCAUUAAAAAUGGAGUCAGUCUCCUGCAUGUUGGAUGUAGUUCACGUUAUAGUUCAGGCUAGGGUUGUAGUUUAUUUUUUUGACAAUAAUCGUCCAUACAUUUUUUCGGAAAUUAUAGGUACGACAAAGUCGUGUUUGAUACUGCGCCUACUGGGCACACGCUUCGGUUGUUGGAUCUCCCCGCCAUGAUGUCGAAAGUUAUGGUUCCUGUUCCUAAUCCAUAUGAUGAGAGAGAAGCUUCACUCACCCUCGAGAUCUAAGUAUCUGAAGAUGGAUAGAUGGAUAGUACUCAAUUGUGACUGAGCUCAUCUAACAAAACUCUGGAAACGAUCCGCGAUAUGCAGAGCAACCUGUUGAACCUUGUCGAUAUGGCAAGCAGCAUUUUUGGCGCGCAGGGUUCGGUUGGUACCGGGAUGUCGCCUGCGUUCAAGGAGGUUAUAACAGCCAAGCUCGAACAAUAUCAGGAAAAUUAUGUCUCGCGUUGCCUUUUGUCACUUCAUUUAUAUGAGAUCUCAGGAUAGCAUCGCAUAGUCUGGGGCUAGCAUCGCAUAGUCUGGGGCUAGGGUUUGGGUUCGUGCGUGAUAGACUUAAUGGAUUGGAAUGGUGAUGCAGAUGUUGAUUUGAAUGCUCUGAUUUCGUCGUGGUGUGUAGCUUGAGUCAAUCUGUACUUCACAACACAUCAGGAAAAUAGAGCUUACCUUUUGCAGUUUGAAGAGAUGGAACAAGUUUUUUUGUUCUCUCUUCUAAGAGCAUUGUAGUUACUAGUCUUAGUGCUCCCUCCGACGAAUUGUCUUUGUCUUAGUGCUCCCUCCGAAAAAAUUCAUCGGAAGACUCACUUCAAUCCCCUCUAAGCAUCGGUCGACCGCGUCGCCAGCAUGCUUUCGAACGAGAGAGCUACCAGAUUCGUUGUCGUCUGCAUUGCGGAGUACCUCAGUAUCUCCGAGACCAAACGACUCCUGUCAGAAUUGAAGUCGAGACGCGUUACCGCAAGCCACGUCGUUGUGAACCAACUUGUUGUUAAGGCUGCUGACUAGUAGAAAUACCUGAACCAGUCAAGUAUGUGUAUGUGUCUAUGUCCGUCUUUGCGAAUAUACCCACUAUGUCCUGUGUAGUAUGUGUAUGUGUCUAUGUCCGUCUUUUCGAAUAUACCCACUAUGUCCUGUGUACCCACUAUGUGUAUGUCUGUCCUUUCGGAUACACACUUUGUGAGACCUACUCUAAGCUUGACCAGGAUUUGGUCAUCUCCUCUGACGAGCGAGAUGACGUGGUGGCUGCCUUGGAGACGAAAAAUUCAGGUCUUUCCGACAAGGUUGUGUUAUGGUCAACAUUUAGUGUCCAUCUCGUCUCUGGGCAUCUUGGUUUUCCCUUGUAUUACUUAUUCCCAUUUGAAAUAAUACUUACAAGGGUAGUAAAGGGGUCAAGAGGAGGGGGCCGAAAUAGAGGGUAGGUUAAAUAAGGCAUUUGAUGCAUCCUAAUCAAUGUUGCAUCCUAAUUCAGUCUUGAGACAGUGCCUCGUGCUAGGUAAAUUUAAGGGUAGGCUAAAGGUGUUCCUGUUACCGUUUGUUAGAGCUCUCCUAAGGGAGACAGGCAGAACAAACGGGAGAACCCACGAACACCGAGAAUGUCUGUCGAGCAGGCGCAAUCGAGUGACAACUGCAGUAAUUUCUACGAGGCCCCCUCAUCUUUCUUUCGGGCAGAUGCAAUCUAGCAGACUCUAAUUGUGGGGGCACUCGAAGUCUUCCGAUCCAAGGCUGCGAUUCAGCAGAAGUACCUCAAAACGCUCAAGGAGUCGGAUGAGGUUCGUCAAGGAUUAUGGCUAUCUUAGAGAACACGGACUGUUGUAAAUGUAAUUGAAUAAACUUCUUCGUCUUCAUCUAAUGGAAGUGGAGUCUGGGUUUAAAUUAAGAGUCCCGUCGACGCCAGUUUCGGAAGACUGAUCUGGGCAACUCACCAUGGCCGUCAUCUAAUGGCGCGUGCGCGUAGCCUCGAAAUACCUCUAGCUAGGCACAUACAUACUUACAUAAGUACUUACAUGUUUAGAGGCGCGAACAGGAUUUCCAAGGCUUGCUGUAGUGCUGUUUCUCUCUAAUUAGAGCAUCCACGAACUCUACCAGUGGCAUUGCGGUUGUCGAAGUUCCGCUUCUGGCGUCUGAGGUAGUUGGGGUGAAUGCACUCAAAACGUUUUCGCGACUGUUGCUGCAAAACCCAGCUGAAGUGCGCGAAAUCACAAGAAACUGGAACCGCAGUAAGCAAACCCCUGAUACACCUUCUUAUGGAAACAUUGAAUCGUGUUGAUGUAGUUGUCCUUCUUCCCGAUCUCACUAGUUUUUUUUUUCAGGAACCUAAUAGUCACUCUGUAGUUCUUCUAGUUCCCAAGGGGGCGACCUGGUACGCAAAAGUGGAGUCAGUUCGUUCCUCUAAGCACGAGUGAAAAAAGAGUCUGCGAAAAAGGCCGCAGUGAAGAUCGCGACAAAGGCAGCAGCCAAGGGGGAAUCGAAGAAAACAAAGAAGACGAAAAAGAAGUACAAAAAAAUCACUGAGGAGAUGGUGGAGCAGAAAACGAGAAUGCUUAUCGCCGAUAUGUUCAUGAACGAAAAAAUGCCCGACCUCAAGAAGUGGGAGCCGGUAUUUGAUGUUGGAGAACCUACUUACGUGUGCUACGAUCAAGAUUUAGAUACUAAAUUCCGAGGUAUUAUAAUAAAAUGAAUCAGAUUUUCACCUUCUCUCUUUCCUCCACUCUACUUUCGUGAAGAAGAGAGACCCAAGUAUUUAAACUACUUAGACCCCUACCUCCCUACGUAAAUCCUUCUACGGGCCCCUACUUCCUACAACAGCCUUCAUAAAUGUCUGAACUUCCCCAGAAUGGGGAAUCUGAAGAAGAAUUCCCCAUUAUUUUGUUCUUCGGGUGCGGCUUAGAUGUUUAUGUUUAGGAAUUCUGGGGUUCUGAUACUCAUACUCUCCCACUUUACAAGCUGUUUAUGAGGCCUUCCGCAGGUUCCUCUCUAGUACAGAGUGCUUCUUGCAUGCGUGGACUGCGUACUAUGUACAAGAAACAACAUGAACAUCACCACAGAUCUUGAAGAAGGAUUCGAUGCUGCUUGCGCAGACGAUGCAAGGGAGCCCGGAUUUUCUGAAAAAGGCUGAAAACUGCAAGGAUAUGGAGGACGUUUCCGCGUGCAUCGACGAGUUGAUGUUAUGGUGACCUUUUCUUGGUUUCAUCCAUCCUUUCACGUUAGUAUUCAGUAUAUCACAAGAUCCACGACCCCCCCAGUUUCAUCCAUCCUUUUUCUUCCUGAAGGGGGUGACCACAAGGAAGAGCACAACUUCCCCAUAGAAUUAGAAAGAACACAGAGUAUCGAGUGGUCCUCUUUUGCAGUUCAGAGGAAUAAAUACCUCAAGAAUGUUGGGUACACUCCUCCUACUACUACUAGACCAAUUAAACAAUAGUAGGGGAAUAUGUACAAAGAAAAAAGAGCGACCAAAGUAUUAAUCGGAGGUUCUAAUGAUGAAAGAUCCCAUCGCCAAAACCCUCUUGCGGGAAGUGGCGCGCGCUGAACUGGCAGAAGAGGCGGUGGAGCCAGUCGAUGAGUAUGCUGGGAUAGUUAUGAAUAGUGCCGUUGUAGUUGAAAAUAGUGCCGUUGUAGUUGUAAAUAGUGCCGUUGUAGCUGACCAUAGUGCCGUUGUAAGUAGUUGACAAAGGUAAUGAAGAUCUCCAUUGUAGAACUGCUUUGUAAUGUUCAAUGUUCUCUCAUCGGUGUAUUCGUGCUCCCUCUUGUUUACUAUCGCAGCAAAGUCGUGAACAAAAUCGUGACUAUCCUGUUCUUUACUACUGCACAAUAAAAAUCGUGUCUACAACAGCACGAAGAUGCGUUCCCGUCUUCUUCUUGUAGAAAAGAGGAAAUCAAGAUGUUCCUACCGCCUGCAGCUGUUCUUCUAAUUAUGUCAAGCAAGCGGAAGAGGAGUCCGACUAUGUGAAGCAAGCGGAAGAAGAGACCGGUUUUAUGGAUUCGUUGAAGGAGACGUUCGGCGAAAAUGA